AUGAGAAGGAAAAAAUCGUCUAUGUCCUCACCGGCUUCUGUUGCCUCCAGGCCGGUAGAUCGUAACGAAAGUAGGAAAACGGUUACAGGCUUAAGUCUGGGGGAAAUCACGUGGGCUGUGAAUUGUGGUGGAGGUUCCCAUACUGAUAUUCAGGGUAUCCGUUACCAAGCCGACUAUCUAAAAACUGGAAUAGCUUCUGAUUACGGCAAGAACCUUAUGAUCCAGAGGAUUGUUCCUCAAGAUCAGAUUCUUUACCAAACUGAAAGAUACCAUACAUCGACUUUUGGUUAUGAAAUACCUAUUAAAGAGGAUGGGGACUAUGUCUUGGUGCUGAAAUUUUGCGAGGUGUGGUUUACCUCAUCCAACCAAAAGGUAUUUGACAUAGUAUUGAAUGGAGAACACACUGUUGUUGAUGAACUUGAUAUUUUUGCCAAGGUUGGGCGAGGAGUGGCCCAUGAUGAAAUGCUGCCUUUUUCAAUAAAAAAUGGGAAAUUGAAAGUUAAUGGAGAAACAUCACAAAUUAAUGGCAAAAUUACUGUGGAAUUUAUUAAGGGUGAUGCUGACAAUCCAAAAAUUAAUGCUAUAUACGUGAUGAAGGGAACUUUGGAUGAUGUACCCAAGUUGCCGUCCCUACCUGGUGCUGAACCUCCCCCAUUGGAAGAUGAUGAGGAAGAAGAGGAAGAAGAAAGUCCAGAAACUAAGUCCCCAUCAAAAUCUCGCCGUCCGUCAGGGCCAAAAGCUCAAGAUCCCUAUGCUGCCGAUGAUACCAGUACAAUGUUGUUGCCAGUGUUUGUGGCCAUUGGCGCCUUCAUCCCACUCCUUUUUUGUCUAUGCAGGUUAUGA